ACAAUUGACCAUGGCUUCCAAAGUGUUCCUUUUCGUGCUUUUGCAAACCCUCAUCCAGUACCCACAGCUGGCGGGUGAUGGGCUGGAUGAGGCCACCCGUGUGCGCAUGGAGCUGCGUGCCGAACUCCUGAACAGGGAGAUGACUCGGCUGCUGCAGGAGCUGGAGCAGAGCACCCUGGAGCGCACUGUCAGGGCCUGGGUUGCCCUGCUCUGGGCUGUCUUGCAGCAGCGGAACUUCUGGGCUCUGGCUGGAGUUGUAGGCCUUCUCUUGGCACUGUGGUUUUUGCGCUGGAGAAGGAGUCGCCAGCCAGACAACGAGGGCGAGGAGAUGCAGGAGGAAGACAGAGAAGACAAUGAAUGGCUUUUAGUGCAACUGAUACCUUGGCCUGUUCAGGAUCUGAAGAGAGGCUGCGAAGUGACAAGAGUCCUGAUGGACAACUUCAUAUUUGUCUUUGGGCACAUCUUGUCCAACAGUUUCCACCCGGUGCCUCAAAGAGCCAUCGGGGUGGGCAGUGCCUUUGAAGGGUGGAGUACCCGGGAGGAGGAUGUUGUGUACCGUGUCCUUGUCCCCCUCACUCCUCCCCCAGGGCACGCCUUCCAUCUGGAGAUGGACACUUCGGGGAAGAAGCACUGA